GGAAUAGCGGUGGGGAAAAAUAAUGCUGUCACGUCUGUUCGGCCGCGGCUCGUUUCUCGAGUUGAGUGUCUGAGCGGAGCGCCGCGAGUCGGACUUACACACGGAGAAGACGCGCACACACACAGCCAUGGCAGAAAACGCCGGCUUGGAAAAUCAUCGCAUUAAGAGCUUUAAAAACAAGGGCCGAGAUGUCGAGACUAUGCGAAGACAUCGUAAUGAAGUAACAGUCGAACUGAGAAAGAACAAGAGAGAUGAGCACCUACUGAAGAAACGCAACGUUCCACAGGACGAAAGUCUCGAGGACUCCGACGUAGACGCCGACUUCAAGGGGCAAAAUGUAACGCUAGACGCCAUCUUACAGAAUGCCACCAGUGACAACGCAGUAGUACAGCUCAGCGCUGUACAAGCAGCCAGAAAACUACUCUCCAGUGACAGAAACCCUCCCAUCGAUGACUUGAUAAAAUCUGGGAUUCUACCCAUCCUCGUCAAAUGCCUGGAGAGGGACGACAAUCCCUCGUUGCAGUUUGAGGCUGCCUGGGCUUUGACUAACAUCGCGUCGGGGACCUCGGCACAGACGCAGGCUGUAGUCAAAUCCAAUGCUGUUCCCUUGUUUUUGAGACUGCUCCAUUCCCCUCAUCAGAAUGUGUGUGAGCAGGCCGUGUGGGCCCUGGGCAACAUCAUUGGUGAUGGGCCACAGUGUCGAGACUACGUCAUUUCACUGGGCGUGGUUAAACCCCUUUUGUCGUUCAUCAAUCCCUCCAUCCCCAUCACUUUCCUGAGGAACGUCACCUGGGUCAUCGUCAAUCUGUGCCGAAACAAAGACCCGCCCCCACCCAUGGAAACAGUACAGGAGAUCCUCCCUGCCCUAUGUGUACUCAUAUACCACACAGACAUAAAUAUUCUUGUAGAUACAGUGUGGGCUUUAUCGUACCUAACAGAUGGAGGAAAUGAGCAGAUACAAAUGGUCAUAGACUCAGGUGUCGUCCCCUUCCUUGUCCCCCUGCUCAGUCACCAAGAGGUCAAAGUUCAGACUGCAGCACUGAGGGCAGUGGGUAACAUUGUGACAGGGACGGACGAGCAGACUCAGGUGGUGCUCAACUGUGAUGUGCUCUCCCACUUCCCCAAUCUGCUCACACACCCCAAAGAGAAGAUCAACAAGGAGGCCGUGUGGUUCCUGUCCAACAUCACCGCAGGGAACCAGCAGCAGGUGCAGGCUGUGAUAGAUGCAGGGCUCAUCCCCAUGAUCAUACACCAGCUGGCCAAGGGAGAUUUUGGCACACAGAAAGAGGCCGCAUGGGCCAUCAGCAACUUAACAAUAAGUGGAAGGAAAGAUCAGGUGGAGUACUUGGUGCAGCAGAAUGUGAUCCCGCCUUUCUGUAACCUGCUCUCGGUGAAGGACUCGCAGGUGGUCCAGGUGGUUCUGGAUGGCCUGAAGAAUAUCCUGAUCAUGGCUGGCGAGGAGGCUAGCACCAUCGCUGAGAUCAUUGAGGAGUGCGGAGGACUGGAAAAGAUUGAAAACCUGCAACAGCAUGAAAAUGAGGACAUCUACAAACUAGCGUUUGAAAUCAUUGAUCAGUACUUUUCAGGAGAUGAUAUUGAUGAGGAUCCAAGUCUGAUCCCUGAAGCAACACAAGGAGGCACGUUCAACUUCGACCCGACAUCCAACCUCCAAACCAAGGAGUUUAAGUUCUAAUAGAGCCAAGUUAGAACUUGAAUCGGGCGGGAUCUCCUGCUGCUGUCUUUCCCCGCCACCCCUCACCACGAUCCAACCAUCACGUAUCAACCUGCAACUCACUAACCUGACAAAACCAAUCAAGAUGCAUAAAAACUACAGGUGUAAAUUGCACUGAAGGAUACGAAUAUCUCUCUCGAGCGUCUCCCGAAGUUGGAGUGAAGUCUACACAUUUCGUAAGAAGAGGGAGGAGACACAACCUCUUUACUCAUAAUGCAAUUGCCAAAAGAGAAAAAAAGAAAUUUCUGCUGUUUUGCUCACUAGCACAUACACAAACACACAGACUUGAGUCAUAUAUGUGCAUCAACAUUUCUAGAAACUUCUAACGUUCUUCUACCAGCCAUCAUAUCAGCCGAUUUGGAAGAUGGGAGGGGGAAAAAAGACGAACCAGUUUUUUUUUUGUUGUUGUCGUUGUUUAUUAUUUCUCUUCCAGCAAAUUUCUCUCAUUAGGACGUCACAGCCCGAUGUCGAUGUUGAUUUUAGAGUGCUAGGACAGACACCCUUCAUUAAGACAUCCAGCCUCUGCUCUGCUAAGCCAUGUGGAACAUGCUUCUCCUUCUCUGAGGUGUCUGUGGACUAGUCUGUGGAGCAGUUCAUCCAGCAAGCGGGGGUCUUUUUUUUUUUUUUUUUUUUUUUUUUGUUUUUCUUCUUCUUCUUUUUUUCCCUUCUUUUAAAUUGUGUGCAAAUAGCAUGUACGCUAGCACUGAUUCUUCUUUUUUUUGUUUUUAUGAAGUCAUCAUGGAACUGUGAUGUGUAUAUGGAAAGUGGAAAAAUAACACAAAAUCAAGAAAUCACACAAAACAAAUGUACAUACUCUAACCCAGUGGAGUCAUUUAACCCGCGAACGUCCCAACAAGUAUGUUUUUUUUUUUCUUGGCAUGGUAACCAGUGCCAUCUGAGAAGAGGAACAGGUGGAGUCAUCAUUAAACAUAGCAAGGCGUAAAUUCAACAAGACUUUUUGAGGGACGCCACUGUCCCCUUUCAAAGUGUUUGUGGACUUUCUGGAUUGUUCAGUAUCACGCACUUGAUGAUUUGGGAGUAAUUUUACUGCUUCAUAACCACGGAGGUUCGUACACGGACAAACGCCAAAAGGUUGUUAUGCCCAUGCGCAGUUUUAUCAUUUCUCCCCGUCCACCACACAUGGAGAGAAUAUAUUUUCUCUAUGUUUAAAAAAAUGUAGGCUUAAAUCAUCAGCAGAGAGAAACUUUGCAGAAGUGAUUGAACUGAGAUUAUUUUUUUCAUUUUCUGUGGUGGAGCUUCCACAUUUGCAGCUUGGAUUCAGUCUUAUAUGCACACUUUUGUCGUCCCUAUAUAAAUAUUAUUAUUAUUAUUAUUAUUAUUAUUUUGGCUAAACGUACUUGGAAAGCGACAUUCGCUUGAUGUAUACACAAGCAAUGGAAAAUGGAGCUCCAUGGCAGUGCUGUUUCUGUUUGUUAGAUUUAUUUGCUACACAAUGUAACUGUACAAACUAAAAAAAAGUAUCUUUCUUGUGUAAAGUAUAAACCGAAAAAGCUGCCACACGUUAGACGUUUGACGGGACACUUGAGAACAAUAAUAACAUUUGUGUUACUGAUUCACAGUUAAUUGGGGACUUUGUUUUGUCUUUUUAAGAUUGACAUUGUGAGGGCAAAUAAUUUUGUUGGAAUGGGCUAUGUUGUAUGUUUUUGUCCCUUAGCAUUUAAUUGUAAAGGGAUGUAGUGAAAACAAACAUUUACAUUUGGACUAAUGUAGUUGUGGUUUGGCUGCAGACUACUGACGAAGAGGAUUUGAGGACAAAUGGCAGCCCUGGUGUUUUCUUUCUUUCUUUUUUUUUUUUUUUUUUUGGAAUUAUCCAUUUAUUAUUGAUGAACAAAGGCCUGCAUAAGUGUGAAAUUCAUGAACUUAUGUAGACACUUAUUUAAAAAAAAAAAACAAAAAAAAAACGAGCCACUUUAAAGAAUUAAAAUUUUUUUGUCUUGUAUCAGAAACUGAUACAAGCUUAUUGCUGGUUGCAAGAUUUUUACUUGCUGAAGAAAAGAUUAAAAAAACAAUGAGAAAAAAAAAAACUGCGACAGAUCGCAUUUUGGCCUCCGAUUGUUUGUAUCUUUUUAUAAAUUUUAGCGUUGAAACAGUCUUUAAGGUGGCUCAUCUGUAUUUUUUUCAACUCCUGUGCAUAUUAAAGAUGAACGAGUUGAAAUUCAUUGUGCCUUUUUUUUUUUCAUUUUGACUAAAUGAGCUAAAAGCAGAGCAAAUCUUAAUAGUGCUAGGCAGUGGAGGUGUUUUUAAAAAAAAAAUGGGGUCUGUCAGGUGUCAUGUCUCCUUUUCUCUGGAGUGUUUUUUUUUUGUUUGUUUUUCUUUUUUUUUUUUUUUUUUUUUUUCUUCCUUUUUUUCUUUGAGCCACUUUACAGUGAGGCUCUUUGCUGUGCUCUGGACUAUACAGUAAUUCUAUUUCAAUUCUAUGCUGAUUCUCCUGGCUGACUUGUAAUUGUUCCCUUUCAUUCUCCUUCAUUGACAUUUUCCCCCUAUGCACUACCACUACCCACAAUUCCACUGCUAUCCAGUUUACCACUUUUACAACUCUCCACAGCAACACGACAUAUUUCACUUCUCACUCCCUCAGGACGUGCUUUAUGUAUGGAUUAUCCUAACCAAAAUAAACUUGCUGUUAGCCAUCUGUUCUUUA